AUGGGCCAGCGAACGUUCACGGUCAUCCCGAAAUUCCCGGGUCGUGCGGAUUCUCCCGACAAACCGCCCCUACGGCCCAUGACCUCAAAACAAGUCCGGAACGCCUACAAAGCAGCCAAUAAGGGCCCUAAACUUACACGGGAAGAAUCCAGGAGACAGGAGAGGGCUGAGCAGGAAAGAAUCAGAAAGGAAUUCGAACGGGAGAAGGCGGCUGCCAAGGCAAAAGUUGCCAGGGACAAGAAGAAAGAGAAAGAGUUGGCGGAGAAAGAAGCGAAACGAAAGAAAGGAUUGCCUUUGGUGAAUGUUCGACCCAGUCAAGAAACGAUUUCAUGGUUUGUGAGAGGGAAUGGUACUUCAAAGAAGAGAGAUGCCCAUGGCAACGACAAUUUGAUGGCGAAUGCGAGUAAUACGGACACAAAUGAAGCGAUGACAAGCGAAGAACAACCACAACAACCGGCGACCAAAGCGCAGAAGCUUGAUGGCAUACAGGAAGACGAUGAGGAAAUUUCCGAUGCUGCUAUGGAAACGAUUGUCGAGGACGUACCAAAACCGUCGCGGGAAUCACCAAUGCCUCAAUCACCCGGGGGCAAGGAAGAGAUAAUCGCAGAACCUACAGAACAAACAGCAGCUCUUGUUGCAUCGGAGACCGCACUAGAAAACCCACCAAUACCCGAAAUAGAGCUAGAAGGAUUGGAGGACGAAUUAGAUGCGGAUUUUGAGGAAGAUCUGGCCCUGGGAAUUCUUGAGGAUAUUGAAGCAGCUAUGAGCAAUCCAAAAUCCAACAUGAACCACGGAGUCCAAAAGAUCUGCAACAAAAUACCAGAAGAAGCACUUGCCACGACGAAGCAACCACUGGAAGUCACUAGGAACGACGUCCCAAAUCGCAUUGCAGAAGAUUUGGGCUUAAAGCGACCUGCUGCUCCAGUCUCUUUUGCCAAACCGCCUCUUCCACAACGGAAUUUGGAACCACGAUCCCCAAGUUCACCACACCAAGAACCACCCAUGAGCACGCAAGCGAUUCUCUUCAACCUAGAUGAUUUCUUCCCUUCAUCAUCUCAACAAGUCCGAGAACUUGAGGAAGAGCUGGACGAGGGCAUAAUGCCAUCCGCUCCCUUACACUUGACCCCUAUUGCGGAGGAAGAGGAAGAGGAGUCUUUCGAUGAAGGACUAGAGAAAUCCUCAGACCAGUCCCUCUUACCAGCACUUGAACCUGCCUCGGACUCGCCACCUCCACCACCAAGACGCUUCUUCACGUCUUCUGGCUCACACGAAAGAAUGUGUCUAGCUAUUCAGAGAAGUCGUCGUACAGCUGCGCUUGAGAAGAUCCAGCAACGCGAGCGAGCUCGCAUGCAGGCUGGUAUGAUAGAGCAAGCUCAAGCAGAGUCUCGCAGAAUUUGCAAACCGCGUGAACCUACGAGAAAACCACCAGUGUUUCCCAACCCCCCUCCACAUGCAGCUCAAUGCAACCAACCACGAAAACCUCCAUUUAAGGCACCACCAACACUGCAGAAAACACCACACACCAGUACGACGAUUUCCACAAAGCGGACUGAGCCUCAACUAUCUAAACAACCUCCUAAGAAACCCUCAUCUAGACUAUCCAACAACCCUAACAUUAUGAAUUCUCGGAUUCCAUCAAAACGAGUAGAGACUCCGAAACUACACCUAUCACCACUACCGCAAGAAAGCAAAGAGAACCAGAAGCCGCCACAACAGCCUUUUGCACUUAGUGCUUCGCAAGAGUCAUAUGGCGGCGAAUGGGUUGACGAUUUGGACCUAGACCUCAUGAUAUAA